AUGCGCAACACGCCGCUGCGUGUUCUUAUCAUGCAUCAUGCGCUUGACAUCCUAAGGAGCCUGCUGAGCUUCGGGCUGCUGCUGAGCACUAUACUCGGAUGGAAGGCUCUUUGGGAUCUUCAAAUCACCAACGGUCUGAGCUGGUACAUAUCGGUGGGGAUAGGAAACUGCAUUUACAUUAUCCGACACAUGGUUGACGAUGUCAUGGACACCCAUCACGUGCACAAUGAAGAAUGGUUGGAACUCUUUUCGAAAUUGCCAGAUCUAUCGCCUACAACCAUCCUUGAAUAUGGCAAGAUCUACUUGAGCUCCGGACUCCUCUUUGUAAGCAGAUUGUUCAUCUGGCGGGGGAUAUGGAAGAGGUUAGAUGCUACGCAGAUCACAUGGCCGGAGUCCCUGAUGGUUGGUGCCAUUUCUUGCGUGUUUCUCAGCAUCAUGCAGCUUCAAGUAGACAGAAAGAGGGUCGACAUUCUACAGGUUUCCCUGGAUGUUCCAGGCGAGCGGCAUGCUCAGCAGACAUGGCACGGCUGA